AUGAGGCAUCACACGUUUGUUCUUGGUCUGGUUGUAAUUUCUGCCCAUAUUGGAUUCAGCUGUGAUAAGGAUUUUCACUCAGAAUAUUUUUAUGAAGGAGAUUACAAUCUUGGUGGUCUGUUCAGUCUUCAUGCAUCUGGAUCUGACCGCGCUCCUCGCUAUACCCCAGUGGUAGACAACUGUCUCAGAUGCUCAGCUUUAAAGACAUUAUAUGUACAUGUGUUUUUUUUUCUCUCUCCUUUCAGUUUUGAUAUCAGUCUGGCAGGGUAUUUCUAUUUUCAAGUUAUGAAGUUUGCAGUGCAAGAGAUCAACAACAGCAGCUCCCUACUACCGAACGUUACUCUGGGGUAUAACAUCUUUGAUACCUGCUAUGUACAUAACAACAUUCAGCCAGCUCUGAAAUUCAUAUCAAGAGAUGAUGUUAUUGACACUGACAAAAGUUAUACUAGCUACAUCCCCACUGUGUGUGCUGUGAUUGGCCCAGACAACAGUGAUGCGGCAGAAACUACUGCUGACAUUUUCAACCUGCUGCGUCUUCCACAGAUCAAUGUUUUUGCCACCAGUAAAAUGAUGAGUUCAGUGAGUCUGCCGGCCUGUUUUCAGACGAUCCCUAGUAGUAGGGUGCAACAACAAGCAUUUGUAGACAUUCUAAGUUAUUUUAAUUGGACUUGGAUAGCUGUCUUAGGAAGUUUUGAUGAAUAUGGGAUGCAUGGAGUCGAGCAAUUUUUAGAAGCCACCUCAGAGCUCAAUAUUUGUCUUGCCUAUAAAGACGUCAUACCCUUUAAAGUAUCUGGUCAGGAAGCGAUGUGGAAAAGCCGAAUACGCCAGAUCGCUAACAAUAUCAUCUUCACCAAUGUUAAUGUGAUCUUGAUAUUUUCAUUGGACAUCAUUCUUGUUGACUUUUUUAAUGAACUGAUGGAUAUAAACUUUCCUUCAAAAAUCUGGCUUGCUUCUGAAACUUGGUCAUUGUCUACAGAUAUAUAUGGCUUACCGAAAAUGAACAGACUAGGGGUUAUAUUUGGUAUUGCCCUAAAACAUGUGAAGAUUCCAGGCUUUGAUGAAAAUCUAAAAAAAGUGUAUAAUCAAAGCAGAAACAGUUCUGGAGCGUCAAGGCUUAAAGAAAACUGCAACCAAAACUGUGAUGGUUGCCACAACAUCUCACUAAGCAACCUUCUGGGUUUUUCAGAACAAAGAAGCAGCUUUAGCAUCUAUGCUGCAGUGUAUGCUGUGGCUAAUGCAUUACAUGAUGUACUUGGCUGUAAUAAAACCUACUGUGACAACAAGGACGUCUACCCAUGGCAAGUAGGUGGUGUUGCUUUUGUAUAUUUAUAUGUGAGCAUAGAUCAUAGAUAUCUCAAUGAGAAAUAAAGGUGCUAAAAAUGGAAGCUCAGGCCCUGUAUCAACAGGUAUCUACCAUUGCAGCUGAGAAUAAGAGAUUCUUCCUGCAGCAGAAGUACUUUAAUGAUCAAGGAAAUACAGGACACAUGAUAGCUAGGGCCCAGCAAGGGGUGACCCAUAUAGAAGCCAUCCAAAAUGUACAGGGAGAAAUGGUUACUGACCAGGCUCGAAUACCUGAAGUGUUCAAAGUUCACCCUACACAGGAGAAGCUAGAUCAUUUUCUUGAUCAGUGCUGCCUUCCAUGUAGUUCAAGACAGGGCUUCGCUGCACUUAACAGCCCAACAAAAACUAGAGGAACUUUCCUUAGCGGUAGCACAGAUGGCUAAAAAUAAAUCACCGGGAGCUGACGGAUUGCCCACAGAAACAUAUGGGAAGUAUGGGUAUACUCUUCUGCCUUUCCUACUAAAAACCCUAAAUGACGUCCUUCAAGACGGUGGUUGAUAUCUGUUAAUAACGUGUGGCAUUGGGUUCUCUCUAAUACAAAGUAGUUGAUGUGUACUUCCAGUUGGUUUGUUCUUCUCUUCUUCUCUUUUUGUUUAAAAGUUAGCAUUUCUUUGAUAGUGCAAUAAACUUAGGGUACUAUGCAAUGUAUGUCCUUCUUUUGAUAGACUAGUUGGCUAUGCAGUUAUUGCAAAUUAUUUUUUGUUAUGAGGAUUGUAUCUCCUGAUUUCUACCGAUUGUAUGCCUACU